CGGGAUGCACGUAUCGCCAGCGAGAAGAGAAAAUGGAGGAAGUCAUGUUUGGUUGAAGGCGUUGCACAUAUACUAAGAUUUCUAAAUUUCUCAUUGUGAUGUGAACGGAGCAGGAACUGGUUGUUAUUAAACACUAGUUCUAGUUCAGCAGAGCCUGGAAGGCACCCAGACAGAUAAUUCUGUUUGAAAACUAGCAAGUGACUCCAUCAGCUAUGGAGGAGAUUGUGAGCCCUGAGCUAGCUCAAACUCCUAAGCCUGAGUCCAGCCAAGAUUUGGAUUCCAGUUCACAAGCUCCAACUGUUGUGACAGAGGAAGAAAAGGACAAGUGUGACAAAUGCCAGAGUGAUGACACUCUCAAAGACCAAGUAGAGGACGUAGAGAAAUCAGCUAAGAACUCUGGCGAGCUUAAAAAGACUUGGCGUUUCCGCAGAACCACCAUUGCAAAAAGGGACAUGGCUGGAGAGACGGCAGGUGUAACAGAUAGUCCUGGAGCACCGGUGCGGCGAAGCGGCAGGCAGGCCAAGCGCACUGAUAAGCUUGAGGAAUUCUUGGUGACAGUAAAGCGAGGAAGAGGAGCAGCGAGGCGUAGUGCGCCUGCUCAUUUAGAGAGUGGAGAUCCACCGUCUGAGACCGCCUCAGAGGCUAGCUUUGACGGAAGCACAGAGAUUAAAGUGACCGAAAGCAAAGCACCGUCUCCAGUGAGGAGGACCAGAGGGAGGGGCAGGGGAAGGGCGACCUCCAUGCCCAAAGCAGAAAUGGCUGACUCAGCCAGUGACGACGAUAGUUCGGAUAAUGAAGAGAAAGCCACGAAUGAGACUCAAGAAAAGCUUGUGGUAGAGCCUGGUGCAGAAGAUGCUAAAGAAGAAGAAGAAGAAGAGGAGGAAGAGAUAAAAGAAGAGAAACCAGAAGAAAUAGAAAAGCAAAAUGAAGAGGCAAGCCAGGAGGAAGUGCCGGUCAACACAAGGCCUAUAACAAGAAGCCCUUCGAAAUCAGGCCCCAAAAGAGAAGCUAAGGUUAAACCAGGCACAUGCGAAGACGAAGACGAGUCGUCGUCAUCCAGCGGAUCUGAUAAUGACGGUUAUGAUCCAAAUGCACUUUACUGCAUCUGCAGACAGAAACACAACAAAAGGUUCAUGAUCUGCUGUGACCGCUGUGAAGAGUGGUUCCACGGUGACUGCGUGGGCAUUACGGAGGCACGCGGCCGCCUGAUGGAACGCAACAGUGAGGACUACGUGUGCCCCAACUGCACAGGCAGAAAAGGCCAGGGGACCAAGCCCUUCACCUCAACAGCAGGGUCUGACCCAAGCAAACAACCUGCUGCUCGCAGGGCAGAUCCCAGUCCAGCUCUUGUUAGCCAAACCAAUGUACACACCCUGCCUCCUGCUACUACAGCUUCUUCUACCGCAGAAGAGAAGCACGGUGAAGAAGUCGGCAUCAAGGGCAGGAUCGAGAAAGCUGCUAACCCAAGCGGCAAAAAGAAAAUAAAGAUUUUCCAGCCGCAGGUGAUGGCGACUGCAGAGGAGUCCUCUCUCCCUAAGUGCAUUGGUCCUGGCUGUGAGAGGGAUGCACUGCCAGACUCUGUCUACUGCGGUAAUGACUGCAUCCUGAAGCAUGCUGCUGCUGCCAUGAAGACCAUUACUACUGACAGUAAGGAGAGUAAACCCAAGGAGAAGCCUAAGCCAAAAAUCCUGAAAAAGCCCGCAGUCGUAUCACCAGUCAAGAGUUCCGGUCCUGAGCGAAGGAGCAGCAGGAGGACCACAGACUCGUCCAGCAAAUCUCAAGAGGAGUCCUUGGUGUCGGAAGGCCGUGAAGAUGAAGAGGAGGAGGAUGAAGAAGACCGAGUCGCAGAGGAGCAUCCACCACCCCCAGCCAUGUCUUCUUGGUCCAGCGACCAUAAUUACAUUGCAGUAGCGCCAGAAAAGACUACAGCAAUAUCACCAACUGUGUUAAACAAAGCGUCAGCUGCUCAGAAGGAUGAGGAGGAAAAAACAGCAGAACCUGAACCAGAGAAGAAAGAGCCGGCUCCCAUCGAGAAGAAACCCCUAGCAGCAACCGUCUCCCCCAAAGGAGGCAAAAAGUCCCCAGCCCUGAAGAUGUCCAAGCCUGCUCCAGUCUCUAUGCCCAAGGGCAAAACAAGCACUACUUCCUCAAGCAGUGCCAAAGACUUGAAAAAACAGGCUCCAUCCCAAGGCAAAGUGGGCAAGUCGAAAAAACCGGGACCACCCCCACCUCCCAUUCCAGUUUUCUCUACCUCUGGUCCACCUGGAUCAUCACGGCUCCAUCCCACUGGAGCGCUAAGUGUCGGAAAGAGCACCUUCACCAUCCCCAAAAAGCAGCCACAGUCUGGCGUAAAGGAGUCUGCGGGUUCUGGUCCCUCCUCAGUCUCCAGGUUGCCUCCUGCAUCCAUGCCCUCUAGCUCCCAGAGCCAGCCGCCGACAUCCAAGCCAGUGCCAUCGGCAGCUCCCCCUCCUCCACAAGCACCUCCUAACAACCAGAUGAGGUCCAACAUCCGUCGUUCUCUCACUGAUAUUUUGUACAAAAGGGUGAGCGACAGUGAUGAUCUUUCCAUGUCUGAGAGUGAGGUGAGCAAGCUGGCUGUCAGCAUUGAGAAAGAAAUGUUCAAUCUGUACAUGAACACAGACAGCAAGUACAAGAACAAAUACCGGUCCUUAAUGUUCAACUUAAAGGACCCUAAAAAUAAGGGCUUGUUUUAUCGUGUGGUUGGUGGAGAGGUCAGCCCAUUUCGGUUAGUGCGGCUCAGCCCUGAGGAAUUACUCUCUAAAGAGAUUUCUGAUUGGAGGAAAACCGGUACUUCUGAGAGUCUAGAUGUUGGUGGAAGGAACCAACCAGGGCAGUCCAAAGCUGGAUCCAAACAGGAUGCUGCUCCCCCUGAUGUAGACAUGGAAGAAGCUCCUUCCAUGUCUGAUGGAGAUGUAUGUAUCUCUGCUACUUCCCAAUCUCCUCACUUGGCUUCUGGGGCAGAUCACCAGGAGUCCCACCCAUCAUCCACACCUCAAAGUUCGGCUUCUGCUACAAAAAGCAGUGCUGUUCCAGACAUCUUGAGCAACAUGUUGAAAGACACUACAGCAGAACACAGGGCUCAUCUGUUUGACCUUAACUGCAAGAUCUGCACAGGUCAGAGGUCUGCUGAAGAUGAGCCAGCAGCUAAAAAGCCCAAACUGUCUGCUCCUAAAAAACAAGAUCCUCCUGAAAAACCCAAAACAGAGCAGCGACCUAACCCAAAACAGGCGCAAGCAGACCAACCAAAUGUCUCUUACUCUGCAAAUGAUGCAUCUAUGCCUCAUCAACCAAGUAGCACGGAAGACCAGAACAGCACGAUGCCUGUUUCGCAAGCCCCUGUGGUCACCCCAGCAGUUUCUUCCGUCACCAUAAGCCGGCGAGACCCUCGUACUGCCAGCCACCGCUCCUCUGUACCGCCUAUUCAGACUGAACCUGAUGUUAGUAUGUCUGUUGGGGUGCCUGUCGUUACACCGGUUCCCACCUCUAUACCCUCUGAAACUCCUGUGGUCGAUGUAAAGGGGCCGUUGCCUAUGCCACCUCCAGCUCCAGUAUCUUUGUCUAAAGCUGUGGUGACGAAACAAGUUGGAUCAACAGAAUCACGACACUACGGCGCCAGCGCACCCAGCAUGACAGAGCCUACUCCUGAAGGUGAAACAGCGCUGUUCCUGUCAGGACAGGAGAUUAUGUGGAAAGGGUUUGUCAACAUGCACGCUGUUGCCAAGUUUGUCACCAAAGCCUACCUGGUCUCAGGAUCCUUUGAGCAUCUCAAAGAGGACUUACCCGAUACCAUUCACAUUGGUGGUAGAAUAUCACCACACACAGUUUGGGACUAUGUUGGUAAACUGAAGACUUCCUUGUCAAAGGAGCUUUGUCUUAUUCGUUUUCAUCCUGCGACUGAAGAGGAGGAAGUUGCCUACGUCUCCCUGUUUUCUUAUUUCAGCAGCCGCAAGCGGUUUGGCGUAGUGGCCAACAGCAACAAACGAAUCAAAGACCUUUACCUCAUUCCGCUGAGCUCUGAGGAUCCUCUGCCUGCUAAACUCUUACCUUUUGAUGGACCAGGUCUCGAGCCAGCUCGACCGAAUCUCUUGCUUGGGCUGUUAAUUUGUCAGAAAGACAAGAAACGUGCUGGAGCCCCGCUGGAAAGUGAGGAAAAGCGUUCUAAAACCCAACGAGAUGAUGAGACAGGCCUCCCAAAACCAAUCAUUGUUACCAAAACUGAUAAACCUGUGCGAAUCAGUCAGGAUUCCAUAAGCACAACUCCUCCUGGAACUCCACCACCUCUCAGCAGUUCUGAGUCAUUCGUUGGUCCCCUUACAUCAUCAGUGAUUUCCAUUUUGUCCUCUGUCAAGGCAUCUGGUGUCACCACAAGUGCAGGCAGUAAUUCCCCAUCAACUAUGUCCACCCCAGCAGUUCCUGCCACAUCUGCCACUCCACUUCAGACCAUCUUGAAGACCUUGUUUGGAAAGAAGAAGGAUACUGAAGCCUCUCAGUCCCCUUCAGAUCGAAGUUCAUCAGAAGUUCCUCUGCUAGAUCCAAUAGUUGAGCAGUUUGGCAUUACAAAAGGUAAACAAAUAGAUGAACAAGAGGAUGAUAGACCAUAUGAUCCAGAAGAAGAAUAUGAUCCCAGUGUGUCAUAUAGUAAAGAAAAACCUAAUGAUUCUGUGGUCAUUACACAACCAGAGGUUAAAUCGGUUAUGGUGGAAGAUGUUGAAUAUGAUCCUGAAGAUGACUCCAUUUUUGAGGAGGUUAAGGGGGAACCAGGUUCCAAGAAGCAAAUAGAGGAACAGGACCAGCAAAUGCCUGAUGCUAAAUCCCUCUUAGCUAGCGCUCACUUGCUUCAACUUGGUAAAAAAGUUGAGCAGUUGGUUGCAAAAAACACAGCUUCUACCCCAGUUAUUAACCAGAGACGGGAUCCCAGGCAAAGUAGGGACCCUAGACAUGUUUCUGUGAAUCAGAGAAUAAACUCAGAUGAUUCUGUAGAGAAGGAAGAGACUUCUGCUGUUAUGUCUACUAUUACUACAACUUUAAGUAAUACAGAUUCUACAGCUGUGUCUACUACAACAGACAAACCACCCAUUGACAUUGCUGCAAUACUAGACACAUUAACACCAAAACAGCCUAAAGUCAUAGACACUCCAUUACAUGAUUCCUUAAAUGCUGAACCAACAGAACCUUGUGAAAUCACAGAUGCACCACCAUCACAAGAUCCUAUUAUUGACUCAGAACUAUUGCAAACAACUGAUCCUCAAGCAGAGUCAUCCAAACCUGAAGAGGAAUCUAACAGUGAAGAGGUGCCUUUUCUAGAUGCAGACACCACAGAAAUUCCACUAUUAGGGGAAAAAAUAGACCCUGAUCUAGUUGAAAGUUACCUGGAUACAGAACCUAAAAAAAAUCCCAAAGAAAAUGACGUUCCAUUAGAAUCAGAAAAGAAGAGUUUUGAAGAAAUUUGGCCCAAUUCUGCAACCAUCUUAAAAAAAGAUCCAAUCUCUUCUGUUGGCGAGUCUGCAGAAUCUUCUACAACCUAUUACAAUAUUACAACAAUCAGUACACCAAUAACUUCCAUGGGAAGGCCACAAGAUGUAACAAAAGUGAGUUCAUCUUAUAUGGAAUCACAAAGCUCUCAUAUGCCACACAUGACUGGACCAAACUCACAAACUGACUAUCGAGGCCCCUCAGACAUUCCGCCUCCAAUAUCUUUUCCUCUGUCAGUUGGGCCUCCACCAGCGCUUGGUCCACCUCCGAUGACUGUUCCACCCCCUAUGCAUAUUCCACCUCCAAUGUCAGGACCACCUCCAAUGCAAAUUCCUCCACCAAUUCAAGUCCCACCUCCACCUCAUGUUGAAAAUGACCUGUCACAAUAUCCACCGCCUGGCCCAUAUGCACCUUACCAGAAUCAGUGGGGAAACAGUUCACAGUUUGAUGCCUCAAGAGGACCACCUCCUCCAAUGGUUACACCAAGAGGACCCCCACCCUCAGUCCCACCAAUGGGUCAAAGAGGACCUCUACCUCAAAUAUUUAACAACAAUAUGCCCCCACAUCAUAUAGGACCUCGAGGACCACCUCCUGGUCCUCCUAUACCUGGCCCACCACUACCUACUACCUUUGAUGGACAAAGAUUUGGUGGGCCUCCUCUACCUUUUAACUUCCCUGGACCCCGAGGUCCACCACCAUUUGCAGGUCCUCCCCCUGGUCAUUUUGACAACAGGGCACCACCACCAUCUCACUUCCCUGGUCCAAGGGGUCCUCCUCCUCCUCAUAACAUUGGGGAACCUGGACCGCUGCACAACAUCCCAAGAGGGCCUGCUGACAAUGAUGGAAGAAGUUCUUAUCAGCCAGGGAUUGAGCAACCCCAGGGACAAACAACUUCACACAAUUAUAGAGACAACCAGGGACCCUCACAUGGUCCUCCUUUUAGAGGACCUCCACCAAACCACUUUGAUGGACGAAGAGGCCCACCUGGUUCAGCGGGUGAAAUUCCAGGGCACAGAUUUCCGCCUCCAAACCAAUUUCGUGGCUCACCUCAGGAUAGAGUUUCUUUUGAUGAGCCGAGAGGGGGUUCAACCCAAGAUAUGGAAAGGCACCGAGGUCCUACUCCUCAGCAUUUUGGUGGGCCAAGAGCACCACCACCAGGACACUACUCUGAUAAUGAUUCUGGAGGUCAGACAUCACGUUACCAGCACAAUGACCGUCUAAAUGACAUAAGACCUGUAAGGGGCCCUUUGUUGCCUACUCCUUCUGAAGGUCCCAUUCCAGUACCAGGUCGCAUGGGUGGGCAUAGCCCAGAGUCCCAUCGUGAUGACCACUGGAGAAGACACUCGCCUGAAAUGAGAAGACGCAGUAGCUCAACUAGAGAGGGUGCUGAACCACAGGACAGGCCAAGUCGGUUUGACGGUGGCCCCCGUGAGCGAGAUGGAGAAGAUAGGCAACGAGAUGUGUCUGAGGACAGGAGGAGAGACCGGGAUGGGCUGCAUGGAGGCCGAUCGUGGGGCUGGACUAGAGACCGUGAAUGGGACCGUGCUAGGGAGAGAGACCGUGACAGAGAUCGGGAGAGAGACCAUAGUAGAGACAGAGACAGAGAUCGGGAGAGAGACCACAGUAGAGACCGGGAUAGAGAUCGGGAGAGAGAACACAGUAGGGACGGGGAACGGGAUCGCAGCAGGGAAAGGGACAGAGAAAGAGACCGUAGCAGGGAGAGAGACCGCAGUAGAGGUAGAGAUACUGAUCGACAUAAAGAAGGUGAUGGGGACAAGAGGAGGGAUCGGGACCGCGAUCGAGAUCGUGGCAGGGAGAGAGAAUCUGACAGGAAAGACCAUGACCGAGACAGAGGAAAAAACAGAGAAAGGGAUAGAGACCGUGAGCGAGAUAGAGACAGUAGGGACAAAAGACGAGAACGCUCAAGGAGCCGUGAACGGGACCGUGGGAGAGAGAGAGAAAGACGAGAUCGGGACAGAGACCGGGACAGAGAGAGGGAGAAGGACAGGGAAAAAGACAGGGAAAAGGAAAGGAGACGGAGGAGCAGAAGCAAAGAUAGAAAAGAGGAGAAAAGAGACAGACCUGAGACCUCAAGGGACACAGAAAAAUCUACUGAUAAUGAAAUUGUGUCCUAAUUUUUCUUUUCUACAGUAUUCAAGACAUUCUUCAAAAUUGACAAGCUUUGGUACUUGGAUUUUUUUUUUUUUUAAACUAGAUUUGCAUGUAUGUCGUACUAUUCUACAUGGGUAAUGUAAAGUCGAUUUCGAACAUUUUCCACUGCUUCCUUGAUAUACUUUGUGCCCUUGAUUACAUUCUAAGACACAGAUCUUGUGAAUUUAAAAAUCCUAUUAGAGAGAUGGUGUCAUACCAAACUUCCUAUCACCUGGUAAAAUAUAUUUUAAGAGUACAUAAAAAAUUGACAUGUAAAUAUGUAUUUGUGUAUAUGUAUAUAUACAUGUAUGUUUUUAACUAUGGUUUUUCUAGAAGAGAAGUGAAGCCAUAAAGCUUAAAAAAAAAUAAUGUCAGAGGGAUAAACCUUGGCCUUGAUGAUCAAGGUCUGUAAAAAUCUUGUUAACCAGUCAAUAGAUAUGCCUGUAGGCAGUUCUCAGUCAGCUGUUCUGUAAGCUUUAUGAGGUUUUUGUUUAUUAAACCACUCUUUAUACAAGA